CAGCAGCUGAACACCGGCUCACACACACACACACACCAUCCCUGUCUCCAUCUCCGCUCACACGUGUGUGUGCGUGCAUGAGUGUGAAUGUGUGUAUGCAUGUAUGUAUGUAUGUGUAUGUAUAUGUGUGUGUGCAUAUCUGGACUGGUGCGGAGCUGCUGAGGAGCGUCGCGGGUUUUUUCUACACACUCACCACACACACUGAGUCAAAUGCUGGAGGCGCAAAGUAAAGAGUCGAGUUGCUGAGCUGUGCAGUGUCCACAGGGUCAGUGAUGGAGUUCACCACAGAAGAGGAUUUGGAGGAGCUCUGUCCUGUGUGCGGGGACAAAGUGUCCGGGUAUCACUACGGCCUGCUCACGUGCGAGAGCUGCAAGGGCUUUUUUAAGCGCACGGUGCAGAAUAAUAAGAGAUACACCUGUAACCAGAAUCAGGACUGCGGCAUCGAUAAGACGCAGCGCAAGAGAUGUCCUUUCUGUCGCUUCCAGAAGUGCCUCAGUGUCGGCAUGAGGUUAGAAGCGGUUCGCGCUGACCGCAUGCGAGGAGGGAGGAACAAGUUUGGCCCCAUGUACAAACGAGACCGUGCUCUGAAGCAGCAGAAGAGAGCUUUGAUUCGUGCAAGCACUUUCAAAUUGGAGCACAACCCACCACUAGUGCCCUCCAACCAGGCAGAAUAUCCAUUCCCAGGUUCAGUGCCUGGCUUGCUGGCCCCGCUCGGGCCUCCAGACUAUGACUGCCCACCCGCGUGCCCCCCCUCUUUAGGGGUGGCCCUGCACAGCUACGGCUCCUUCCCAGCCCAGUAUCAGUACACCACCCCGACCGUGCCCGGUAGAUCCAUCAAAGCAGAGCACCCAGAUCCGUAUUCUGGUUCUCCCGACUCGUCUCUCGGGUACUCCUAUGCCGAGGGCUGCAUUGCCGCCUCACCCCAGACCAGCCCUCUGAACCCAGCCGUGCCAUCGCUGGUUCUGGAGCUGCUUAGCUGUGAGCCUGAUGAGGAGCAGGUGAGAGCAAAGAUAUGUGCUUACCUGCAGCAGGAGCAGAGUGGGCGUGGAAAACUGGACAAACCCCGCCCCUCCAACUUGCUCUGCGUGAUGGCGGACCAGACGCUGUUCUCUAUCGUAGAAUGGGCGAGAAGCUGCAUCUUCUUCAAGGAGCUAAAGGUCGGAGAUCAGAUGCAACUUCUGCAUAACUGCUGGAGCGAGCUCCUGCUUCUGGAUCAUGUCUUUCGACAGGUGCAUCAUGGGAGAGACAAUACACUUCUACUCAUCACUGGCCAAGAGGUUGAGCUCGCGGGCGUCGUGUCUGACUCGGGUCUGACUCUCUCGAGUCUCGUGCAGAGGGGACAGGAACUGGCGCGGCGGCUGCAGCUGCUCCAGGUCGACCGGCGUGAGAUGGCCUGUCUCAAGUUUCUCGUCCUCUUCAAUCCCAACGUGAAGCUGCUGGAGAACCAGGCACUAGUGGAGAGCGUGCAGGAGCAGGUGAACAGCUCUCUGCUGGAAUACACGCUCACCUCGUACCCUCAGCACGUGGACAGGUUCAGUCAGCUGGUGCUGCGGCUGCCCGAGGUUCGCGCCUUGAGCGCCCAGGCCGAGGAGUACCUGAGUUCCAAGCACCUGAGCGGAGACGUGCCCUGCAACAACCUGCUCAUCGAGAUGCUGCAUGCCAAGAGAGCCACCACCAUCUGAACCAGAGGUGUGCGUGCGUGCGUGCGUGUGUGCGUGUGUGUGCGUAUGCGUGUGGCAUCACCACUGAGCCACGAAAGCUAAAGGACACUGGGAGCUUUUCUAUUUCUUAAGUGCUAUUACCACCGUAUCUGAUGUCGUUUGUGCAUCGUGUGUGGCUAGUAGGCAUGUGCUGAUCUUUGGUUGCCAUGGAAACUAAUUAAGCUUUAUGAUAUUGUAAGGAUAUUUAAACAUUGUUGGCAUUUCAGCCGGAGUGAAAAACAGGACUGCUUGCGGAUACACGCCUUUAAAACAUUCCCUUCAGCGUUUACCUGGCCGAAAAUACUGUUAUGCUGUUUCCAUGGUAACAAUGUAACGUAUAUCAUGGUAUAUCCAAUAACCAAUUAUGGGCACAUGCCUAGUGGCAAGAUAUCAUUUUCAGUUUGGACAAUGAAAUUGAUGAUCAUUAUAUAGCCACUGUGAGCUCCUAUCUUUUUUGGUAGUAUUAUGGAAUAUUAUAUGUUUAUUGAACAUGUUUCACAUCAUCAGCGCUUCAUUCUGGACUAAUAUUUCAUUUCCAUAGAUUUUUUUUUUUAAGAGUGAUAAUGUGAUUAAAGAGUUUAAAAUAUUGCAGCGUGAGAAAAAAAAAAAGGCAUACUGGUCGAAUCUACGAAGGCUAAAUCUUUCUUAUGGUCCCUUACAGUAUUUUAAAGUAGCUACCAAGCAUUUUUUUUUUCCAUUCCGAGUUUUUUUUUUAACCAGACGGCACUAUGCGGUGAAUCGAUCCGAGAAUAAUAUUGACACAAAGUGAACAGUUUUCAAAAUUCCUGCACUCAUUUCCCAUUCAAGCUGGAGCCACUAGAGAAAGCGUGUGUUUAUGUGGCUCAUUUCGCAAAGAUCCUGCAGACUUUUAUUUUAAAAUAGAUUGAUACAUGUAGAAGAGCGAGCAAUUCACUCGAUUUUAGGUUUUUUUUUUAUAUCGCAAGUAAGUUUUCUCAAAAUUAAAUUUCAAAUGGCACGUUUAUGGUCAUAAUAUUGUUGUUGUUGUUUUUUUUUACAUAAAAAUUCGAAAAAUUGUUUUCUGAGCAAUUUUGGAACUUCUAAAAAUAUGAAGUAGUUUAUUAACGAUAUAAUUUUUGUUAAAAUACAAACCCUUAAUUGUCACUGUUCUCAAAUUCACAACAAAGAGUGCUUCUGUUUUCCUUUUUAUUUAUAUUUUACUUUUCUUUGUGUUUUGAUAAGUACAAUUUGGUUUUGAUUUGAUGUACUGUACGAAAGCUGGCGUUAAGGGGAAAAAUGCUUGUUAGCAUUAUUAUUUGGCUUAAUCUUAAUUUUUUUAAACUGUUAUUUACAUGCCACUGAAAUCAGUUCAAAAUAUUGCUUAUAUGUGUAACUAACGGCAGAGUGUUGAAAAGUCGUAUGUGCUUUGACGCUGAUUUAUUGCAAAACUGAUUGUCAGAUAAAAAGCUAGGAUUUUGAAGAUCUUGAAACAUGGAAUGUUAAAAGUUUAUUGAUGGUCUCUCACAUCAAAGCUUAAUGAUGGGAACUGCUUUCCUUUAGAGCUACAAGAGAAGCUUAAAAACAAAAGAACCAGCAGGCAGAAAUGUUCUUUUUAUUUUCCUUAUUAUGUAACUUUCUAAAAAGAAAUGUUCAGUUUUAUUUAAUCUCUUUUUCGACUCUUGCCUGUUUCAUCCUCUUGCUGUGGGCGAGCUUCAGCUCUAACUUUUCCUGGUUGGACAGAACAAACUUUUUACAUUUCACAUUUUAUUUAUUGAAUAGAAGCUUUUAUUCAUUGAAGAGCACAGCGGAGCGGUUUUUGGUUCCCAUGGUAAUUCUGACACCUGAAUAUUUGCCCCAUUCAAGCCUCAAUAGGAUGAAAUAUUACAGCAAUUUUCCAAUGAAUACAUUUAUUCCUUCAGUGAAUGCUUUUACCUGGAGUGACUUACAAGUGAGCAAUCCAAUAUGAACAGUAUAAAUCUUUUUUUGUUUUGUUCGUUUUUAGAUUACAUUCUUUAUAUUUAACUGAAGUAUAUGUACAGUACAAAAUGUCAAAAUCUGAAUAGUUUUAAGAGAGGUAAAAAAAAAAAAGAAUUGAUAAGUUUAUCCUGAGAGUGUUAUUACAUCAUGAAAUAAAAGGGCCAAUCAGUUUUCAGUAUGCAAAUGCACUCCAGAGGGGUGAGUAGGAUUGGAGGUCAUUUGGCUUUGAAUUACAUCUUUUCUUUUCUUCUUUUUUAUUUGUAGGUAAGAUUGUAUGCACUUUUCAUCACCUGAUUGAUUGUUUAUUAAUUAUAUAAUAAAAAAGGGCAUUUUCUUUAUUACAAAUUAAAAGAUUAGGAUUGGUGAAAAAAUGUUUGUCUCUGAACUGAGACUGAACUGAAAGUCUCUACUGUAUUAGGUGAAGAAAAAAAGGGUUUCUUUUUUUCUCUCUUUUUUUUUUCUCAUUGGGAAAAAAAUGUGUCAUAAAUUAGAAGGGGUUAAUCAGAUUCUCGUAUGCAAAUACAUCCCUGGAGACCAGAGCUUGAUGAGGAAGAAGGUCAGAUUGGAGACUUUUACAUCAUAUGUAUGUUAAAAUCUGGAUUUUUUUUCUUUUUUAGAAGUUAAGAAGUUUUUUUUUUUUUUUUUCUUCUACUGGCUAAUUUCUUGAAAUUCCAAAUGUAGGAUAGCAGGCGAUAGAAAGAAAGAUUUUUCUUUCUCCAAAAACAGCUUUAUAACAUGAAGAAAAAAAGAGCAAACUUUAAAGAAUAUUUUUUAAUAUAAAAAGAAGAAUAUACAAUAAAAAUCCAGCCCUUUGAUUCCAUCUAUGGCUAAUCAGCACACACACACACACACCGACUGUAUGCAACCAUAAAUCAACCUGCUGAGAGUGUGUUUCUAAAUUGUUUAAUUGUGGAUCCUUUCUCAACUGGUGUCCAUUAUUUCAUCAACCACCUGCGUAUCCUUUUCAUUUCUGUUCUCUUUUUAAAAUACUGACAAAUACUGUGAGUCAGACUGUGUGUGUGUGUGUGUUUAAAGCCCAAAUCAGGAUCGCAGGAGAAGCACUGCGCCAUAUGUUUUUUUCCACAUUUCACACACACCCAUAUUCCAUCUCUAUUCACCUUUACGCAGCUCGAGUAUCUUUGUGCACACGCAUCCUGAUGGGACUUUAAUUUAAAAGAAAAAAAAGAAACAAAAAAGCAUUUUCACUCGAACAUUUGUGUAUUUAUAGGUUGUAAUGUGCUGAAAAACAUCCUUUUUACUUUUUUCUUUUUCUUUUAUUUGCUUAGUGUGUUUUUUUUUUCUCUCUGGAAGAGUGUAACUGUAAAAAAAGAAAAAAAAAAGAAAAAAGAAUUGUGUUCUGUCCUUUCUAGUUACGAUCAGCAUCAGUAUUGUUUAGACGCCGGAGUUAUUCAUGAAUGCUUAGAGGUCAAGCUACGACUCUAUGGAGCUGAAGACAGAAAUAGUAUUUAUUUAAAUAAUGUCAGAUACAGAGGUGAUAAAAUACGGAAAUACUUCAUUUACGUAUAAAAAAAAUCUUUUGUGCUUGUCCACAUUAUCUGACUGCAAAGUGCUUUAUUUCUUAUCAAAAUGUGAAAUAAAUGAAUGAAA